AUGAAGACUUCAAUGAAAAAAGAUGAAAGCCAAGAGGAAAUUUAUGGAGCAUUCUUUGUGCUGGAUGCUACCGAGUACUGGGCACAAACGUUGGUGCCCUUGGCGGGGCUUAUAGACAACGACACCGCUGGCCUCCGCCAUUAUGCUCGCCAGGAGAGAUGCGGUCGAUCAUCCUACGGAGAAGUUGCGCUUCGUUGCCCUCUACACGAGGUACAAACGUUUUGCCCAUUUUUCGAGGCAGAAAGAGCUGAAUUAGCGCAGAGUUCGCGACGAUAUUUGGGGUUAUCAACGAGCUGA